CAGAGAAAUCCAAUUCCGUCUGUGUGCCUUUUUGGGUGAGGGAAUUAAAAACAGUCGAAGGGUGGCGAAUUAGACAAAUGUCUUUCAGAGCAGGCAAAUCAUCUACAAGACAGUAGCACUCGUGAACCUGCUGACAAGACGGAACAGGAGUUUUCAGCAGCAAGUGCUGCUGGAUUUCUGGGGAUAGUGUUAGUGCAGGCUUGGCAUUUAAUUUCAACAUGAGAGAGCCACGGUUUCGGGACAACUUCUGGAGUACAGACAUAACCAGCAGCAUUGGUUACGAUAAUCUGAUCCAACACAUGAACGAUGGGAGAAAAACAUGCAAAGAGUUGGAAGAUUUUAUCAAACAAAGGGCGUCCAUUGAGGAGAAAUAUGGGAAGGAAUUGAUGUCAUUGUCAAAGAAAGUGUGUGGACAAAAUGAACUGAAUACAUUGAAGAGAGCUUUUGACGUCUUCAAACAACAGACGGAGAAUGUGGGACUGUUGCACAUCCAGCUGGCUGGCAGUUUACGGGAAGAGAUUAAAAAAUUGGAGGAAUUCCGGGAAAAGCAAAAGGAUCAAAGGAAAAAGCUCGAACAUUGCAUGGAAAAUUUGCACAAGCAGAAAACUGUGUUUUUCAAGAAAACCAUAGAGUCCAAGAAGACUUACGAGCAAAAAUGUAAAGAAAAGGAUGAGGCUGAACAGAUACUAAAUCGAAGUUCUGGGAUCAGCAAUUCCAAGCAGCAAGAUAAAUUGCAGUCAAAGGCAAACCAGAGUAAACAAAUUGCAGAAGAUGCUGAUCGAACAUACCAGCAGAAUGUUUCCACCCUGGAGAAGAUCCAGGAGGAAUGGCAAAAUGAGCACAUCAGGACCUGUGAGUUCCUUGAGAAGCAGGACUGUGAGCGAAUACACACCAUGCGUAAUGCUAUGUGGGUCCAUGCCAAUCAACUCUCCCAGGGGUGUGUGACCAGUGACGAGAUGUAUGAAGAAAUACGAAAGGUGCUGGAACAGUGCAACAUACAACGAGACUUAGAAUUCUUCAUAGACCUGAAAAGGACUGGUGACACUCCACCAGCCCCCAUCCCGUAUGAGAAUUACUACACUGGCCAGAGGGGGCUGCCUCCGAGCCGGGUUCCGGUCACCUCAAGGCGUGUGCCCCUACCAAGUUCUGACAAUUCAGCAUCUCAGCCACAAUAUGCUACAGUUGGAGAAAAUAAUUACAGUUUUAUUCGGCACCAUUAGUCAUAUUGAAGCUCAUGUCUUGGCAGCAAAGACACCAUUGGAAGCUCUGCAGCAUUGGGAUCGUGGAUAUUUUAUUCACUGUGGGAAUGGAAGAUCAUUUGAAAACGCUGGUUUAUGUGUCAAUUUCAUGGAUUUUAACUGUUGCUGCCAAAAUUAAUAUAUUUACACUUCUACAUUU